UCGUCGUGAUAAGAACAGAAUAAAAAAUUAAAAACGGAUGCGGAUUACGGAUUACGGGAUACGAGUACGACGACUUUUCCCAAUUUCACACCAUUUGUACACUGGGGUGACUUCGAAAUGUGGUACGAAGCCUUACCGUCCGCCAUCAUCGUGUACGUGCUGUUGAGCGUACCCGACGCGUUCAACUCCCUCUCAAAUAAAUUGAUAUACAAGAAUGUUUACAGACGUGAUAUUAGUCAACCUUGGCUUCAAAGAUAUUAUGCCAGAGACUGGGAAUUAACUGGUGAUCCCUACAAAGCACAAGGCCUUGAAAGUUUACCCAGUAAGCCUACCGUUACUGGAAUUGAUUGGCAUAAAUAUGGAAAAGGACCAAAUCACUCAUUCUAUGGAACUAAAAUUUAAUAAUGUAUGAAUUGUAGCUAUAAUAAAUAUUUUAGAAAGUUGUUAAUGGAAAUUGUGAAACCAUAUAUCUUGCUAAUUAUAAUUAAUAAAUAUGUAACAUAAUAUCUAAAUAUAUACUUGGUGUAUUUUAAUA